UGCGCGCAUGCGCAAUUAAGACACUGGACGAGGUAUCCCGACGCGACCGGAAGCGGCUCUCUCUUUUUUUCCUUCGUCGGCUCGUGGAGCAGCCAUCAUGGUGUUCAAGCGCUAUGUUGAGAUUGGCCGAGUUGCCUACAUUUCUUUUGGGCCGCAUGCAGGCAAGCUGGUAGCAAUUGUGGAUGUUAUUGAUCAGAACAGGGCACUAGUAGAUGGUCCCUGCAGUGGUGUUAGAAGACAGGCUAUGCCUUUCAAGUGCAUGCAGCUAACUGACUUCGUUCUCAAGUUUCCUCACAGUGCUCGUCAGAAAUAUGUGCGAGCUGCUUGGGAGAAGGAAAACAUUAACGACAAGUGGAAAGCCACCAGAUGGGCACAAAAAAUUGAGGCCAGGGAGAAGAAAGCCAAAAUGUCCGAUUUUGAUCGUUACAAGGUUAUGAAGGCCAAGAAAAUGAGAAACAGGAUCAUCAAGCAUGAAAUAAAGAAGCUCCAAAAGGCCUCUUCUCCUCCCAAAAAAGCAUAAACUUUCAGCAAAUAAAACUUCAUUUUACUGAGUGUACAGUAUGAUUGCA